AUGCUAGAGGACAUGUCCACUGACACCUUCAUCAACGCUCUGCGAUGUUUCAUUGCUAUCCGUGGUGCAGUCCGCCAAAUUCAGUGUGAUCAGGGCACUAAUUUUGUUGGUGCCAAGAAUGAACUCAACGCAGCUUUAGAGGAGCUUGACACAAUGAGACUGAGCACAUUCCUGUCACAGAAACAGUGUGACUUCAUCAUGAACGCACCUCACUCCAGUCACGCAGGGGGCGUGUGGGAGCGCCAGAUAAAGACUGUCAAGAUCGGAGGUAAAGCCGUGUGUUUGGUUUGCGGGGAGGAGAUUGCCGUGUUUAAGGACUACAAUUUGAGUCGGCAUUACGACAAGAAACACUCGGAAAAAUACAAGAACUUGUCUGAUGCUGAGAGGGAACGGACAUCCGAAGCUUUGCUAGCAAAGUUGCAAAAGCAGCAAGGCUUUUUUACGAAGCUUCACACAUCCAGAGAUGCAGCGACCAGGACCAGCUUUGUGAUAUCCCACAAAAUAGCUAAAAACAGUAAGCCGUUUUCGGAGGGAGAGUUUGUCAAAGAGUGCAUGGUGGACUCUGCCGCACUAAUAUGCCCUGAAAAAAAAGGCGCAUUUGAGCAAAUCCCGCUGUCCAGGCGAACCGUGACCAGGAGGAUCGAGGACAUUGCGGGGAACCUGGAGCUUCAGCUGCAACGUGAAGUGGCAAGUUUUGACUUUUUCUCAUUGGCCUUAGACGAGAGCUGUGAUGUCCGCGACACAGCCCAGCUGCUCGUAUUUGUCCGGGGUAUAACGGACUUCAAGCUCACAGAGGAGCUAGCUGCAAUGCGGUCGAUGAAAGGGACAACGACAGGGAGUGAUCUUUUUACAGAGGUAAAUGCGUGCAUGGACACUCUGGGAUUGAAAUGGGAGAGACUGUCAGGUGUCACAACAGACGGUUGUCCAAAUCUUACAGGGAAAAAUGUCGGACUUUUGAAACGCAUGCAAGAUAAAGUGACAGAAAUCGAUGCAGAUCAAAAAUUGGUGUUUUUGCAUUGUAUUAUACACCAACAUGUGUUGUGCAAGUCAGUGCUAAAAAUCAACCAUGUUACUGAUGUUGUUACUAAAAUAGUAAACUUCAUCAGGGCGCGGGCAAUGAAUCACAGACAGUUUGUCGCUCUUUUGGAGGAGCAUGAGACUGAGCAUAGUGACAUCGGCUACCACACAGCUGUCAGAUGGCUCAGCCUGGGGAAAGUGCUGAAGAGGGUUUGGGACUUGAAAGCAGAGAUUCGAGAGUUUUGCGAGAGGAAAGGCAAAGACAUUCCAGAGCUCUCAGAUGAGGAUUGGAUGGCAGAUUUUGCAUUUGCUGUUGAUGUGACUGCACUGAUGAACGAACUGAACACCAAACUGCAAGGCAAGGGCCUUUUUGUUCAUGAAAUGCACAGCCUCGUGAAGGCCUUCAUGAGAAAGCUGCAGUUUCUUUCAAGUCAACUGGAGAGCAACACUCUCACUCACAUGCAAACCCUGAAGGAAGUCACACCAUCAGCUGAUCACCUCAGCAGGUACUCAUCCAUGUUAGGAGCAUUACAUGGUGAGUUUUCAAGGCGUUUUGAAGAUCUCAGAACAAUCGAGGAUGAAAUGCACAUGAUUUCCUCUCCCUUUACCUGCAGUGUGGAUAAUGCACCCAGUGAUGUGCAGCUGGAACUCAUUGACCUGCAGUCUGAUGCAGUACUGGCAGAGCACUUUAAGAGGAGAACUUUCCAAACCUGA